AUAUAAACCAUCACCUACGGAUCAUAGGCUACUAGUAUUAUGGUCACCGACCCAUUUCACCGGCUGAAACACUGAAACUCACCAUCGGAAAAACACUCCAAACACACCACACACAAAAGAGGAGAGAGAAAGAGAGAAAUGGCGACAGCAGAAGUAGAAAAGAAGACGGUAAAACAAGGAGAAGGACUGCGACAGUACUACCUUCAGCAUAUCCAUGAACUUCAGCUUCGUAUCCGUGACAAAUCUCACAAUCUUCAACGUCUUGAAGCUCAGCGCAACGAGCUCAAUUCUCGAGUUAGAGCACUGAAAGAGGAGUUACAAUUGCUUCAAGAACCAGGCUCAUAUGUUGGUGAAGUCGUUAAAGUGAUGGGAAAAUCCAAGGUUCUUGUCAAAGUGCAUCCCGAAGGCAAAUAUGUUGUUGAUAUUGAUAAAAGUAUUGACAUCACUAAGCUCACACCUUCUACGAGAGUUGCAUUGCGUAAUGACAGCUAUGUCUUGCAUUUGGUAUUGCCAAGUAAAGUGGACCCUCUGGUCAAUCUGAUGAAAGUUGAGAAAGUUCCUGAUUCUACGUAUGACAUGAUUGGUGGUCUUGACCAACAAAUUAAAGAAAUUAAGGAGGUGAUUGAGCUACCAAUAAAGCAUCCAGAACUAUUUGAGAGUCUGGGAAUUGCUCAACCGAAGGGUGUUCUCCUUUAUGGUCCUCCUGGAACUGGUAAAACCCUAUUGGCAAGAGCUGUUGCUCAUCAUACAGAUUGUACUUUCAUCAGGGUAUCAGGUUCUGAGUUAGUUCAGAAGUACAUUGGUGAAGGAUCUCGGAUGGUUAGAGAACUUUUUGUUAUGGCCAGAGAGCAUGCUCCGUCAAUUAUCUUUAUGGAUGAGAUUGACAGUAUAGGGUCUACUAGAAUGGAGUCUGGUUCUGGAAAUGGUGAUAGUGAAGUUCAGAGAACAAUGUUAGAGCUUCUCAACCAACUUGACGGCUUUGAAGCAUCAAACAAGAUCAAGGUGCUGAUGGCCACAAAUCGCAUUGAUAUCUUAGAUCCAGCUCUUCUCAGGCCAGGAAGAAUUGAUAGGAAGAUUGAGUUCCCAAAUCCCAAUGAAGAGUCACGUUUUGACAUUUUGAAAAUCCAUUCAAGAAGAAUGAAUUUGAUGCGGGGAAUUGAUCUUAAGAAGAUUGGAGAGAAGAUGAAUGGUGCAUCUGGUGCAGAGCUUAAGGCGGUUUGUACGGAAGCUGGCAUGUUCGCUCUGCGGGAGAGAAGAAUUCAUGUAACACAGGAAGACUUUGAGAUGGCAGUGGCUAAGGUUAUGAAGAAGGAUACAGACAAAAACAUGUCUCUGCGCAAACUGUGGAAGUAGAACCAGAAAUCUCCUUGUAAUUUGUGUGUAGUCACAUAUCUCAUUCCCAUCCAAUGUAGAAUGUCACACGCAUCUGUAAUAUAGUAAUGGGUUUAAAAUAAGGGAAUGGAAAUGGAAAUGUGGGUGGAUGAGUUAUGAGUAUGGAUUUUGGUAAUGGAUAUUUGCUUGUUUGGCAUGUGUUAAUAAGGAAGAGAAAUGGUAAAGAUCGGAAAUUACCAUCGCGUGUA